AUGUUCCUAAACUCGAGCGGGCCGCUGCCCAGCUACAUGUCCUCGCCAAACACCAACGCCGCCGCCGCCGGAUCGUCGAACGGAUCCGGCUCAGUCGAAUCGCCGCUACCGUUCUGCCACGCGGUGUGGGAGGCCGCCGCGCCAGGAAGCCUCGCGGCGCGGCUGCUAUCGUCGUCAACGGAGGAGCUCUUUGACGUUCCUGGCGAUGACGGCAUCGGCAUUCCCUUGGAGGCCUGCGGAGACGCUACGCUGCGCCAGUCCUCCUAUCCGCACCAUCCCUCACCGUUCGGCUCGGACGAUCUCCAGUCUUGGCAGGCUGUUGACGCCGACCGAGCCGCGCCCAUAAUGUCCGGCAAGUUGCCGCGGCUCGCCAGCCUGCAAAGUCAGCUGUUCCAGGUGUCCGCUGAAUCGCAACAGAUGAGCGGUCAGCCAUUACAGCGACUGUUAUCGCAGAGCUCCAUCGGCAGCAAUUGCAGCGGCCCGUUUCAUCACGCCGCACUCGCCGUCCAGGUACACUCCGAGACCUUCUCUGUAGACGGCGGCGCAUCUUCCGCCGCUCCCGCCGGCGGCCCAGACGGGCAUGCGACAACGCCCACGGGGCUCGCCGCGUACCUUCUCUCGGCUCCACUCGAGGCGCUCUUUGACGUCCCCGAGGAGGAAGAUCCCGCCGCGCUCUCCGCAUCUGGCGCUGGGCCUGAUGGUGAGCAGCAGGGCGCGAGCGGACUGAGAUUAGAUCUCUUUGCGAUCCAGCGUGGCGAGACGCCGCCUUUGCCGCCGCAGCACCCGUCGGGCAUGUUCUCUCCGGACCCCGCGACCUCCGCCGCAUCCAACGCUGCUGCUGAAAUGUACGUUAACUACCCCGGGCCCAUCUUCUCCGCGCCGCUAGGCGCCAUCCCGGCUCGACCGAAAGGCCACCGCCACGGGUCGGCCAACGGCAUGCCACGUCAUAUCAAGCGCGUGCUGAGCUGCAACGAUGCCCCACCCGAUCAGGGUUUGCAAGGCGCGUAUGGCACGGCCACGGCGCUUCCUAACGCACCGGAGUCGCAUCACGCAGGAAGCCCCCGCCGUGGCGCCGCCGCCGCAGUCGACACUGCGGGCGCUAGUGCGAGCACGGUUGUGAGGAGCCGCAGCACCAGCAGCGUUGGGAGCGGCCACGUUGCUCCUGUCGCGUGCGCCGGCGCUUCCAGCGGCUGGUUUCGCGCAUCCAGUUCUCCCGCGGGGGGCACGUCUUACGCGCGCCAGAUCGCCGUUGCGCCUUCCAGCCAAUCCUCGAGCCGGGGGAAAUACGGAUACGCGUCGCAGCAGAAUCAGCUUUCCGGCCAGCGGCAAGUCCCCGGCGGCUCGUGCGCCGACUCCGAUCCUUGCUCCGCGUCUUCCGGCGCCGUUUGCGCGUCGUUCCUCCGCCCGGGAACGGGCAGCGCGAGCAGCAGCACGGGCAGCGACAACAGCAGCGGCAGCGACAGCGGCAGCAACGUGAGCCCGUGGCAGAUGGUUGGCGCAGCGACUGGAACCACGAGCGGAAGCGAAUCGUACGAUGAGGUCUCCCCGCAUAGCGCCUCGUUUGUCCGCCAUAAGACCACAGGCUCGGUCGAGUUCCCUCGGUCGCGCUCCGGAAAUUACGGCGGCGCGCCAAUGCUGUCCCCGCAGCACCAGCAGCAGCUGAUGCACCUGCAAUUCGGUGGGGCGUCGUUCGGAAGCAGCACGGGCAACGGCCACUUUGGCGCAGUGUGCGGCGGCGGCGCCGGCGGGUACUCCGCGGGAGGUAGCGGAGCUGGCGGAGGGCUGGGGGCGCAAGGGGGCAGCGGGACAGAUCGAUGGGUGUCGCCCAUGGGUCCCGUGCUGACGCCCAUUGAGCAAUCGCCCGUUACGUCCGACCGUUACAACCCAUCCGUCGCUGCUAUCGCCAUCGCGAACGGAUCAAUUUCGUCCUCGUCGCAGCGUUCCACGCCUGUCUCCUCAGCUGUUUUCGCCCGCGUCUCGGGUGGUGGUACUGAUGCCGGCUGCAGCAGCCCGGCUGUAGCGGAGCUGACGCCGCAGCAGAGGAUGCUACAGCAGCAGCUGCAGCAGCAGAUGGCGAUGAUGAUGAUGAUGGACGGGUCAGCUGCUGCCGCUGCCGUCUCCGCUAGUGCGCUACAGCCGUCGCAGAGCAAGGAGCGGUCCAUGGUUAAAGCCAGCAGCUGCACUCAGCUGCACAUGCCGCAGCAGCAGAGGCAGCCGCAGUUGACCUUUGGCGGCAUGCCGUGUCAUCACGUGCACACCCCCAGCCACCGCCACCAGCGCCACCUGUCUGGAAACUCCCCCUCAGAGUCCGUUACCGGGGCUGGAGGAGCGGGCCCCGCCGGACCUGGGAGUGUCAUUUCCGAGGCUGACCUGCGAGGCUUGGAGGAGGAGAUGCGGCAGCUGGAGGCGGACAUGGCUCGGCUGCAGGCGAACCCGGCGCGGCUGGCGCAGAUGAGCGCGCAGGACAAGCAGCGCGUGCAGGCAGCUGCCGCGGAGAUCGGCAGCAUGCGUGCGUGCCUGGCACGGCGCUCUCCCUCCACGGCCACGCUCAUGCUCGACUCCUCUCCGGGCGCCAGGCCUGUGGUCGGAGGGAGUUAUCAUGGGGGUGCUGGGGCGGGGCUUGCGCUAGGGAUUGGAGGUGGGGAGAAGGGCGGUGUGUUUGCCACGGGUGAUGUGGACGACAUGAUGGUGGGUGGGGCGCUUGGUGCUGGCCCGCAGCGAGGACUUGGCAUACUUGCUGGCUGCUCCUUACUGGUGAUCUGCCGCUACUGGUACUGCACUAGAACAUUGGCGUGGAGGUAG